CUUGUCUGAGUUGCUAUCCAUUAGAUCUUCACUCCAAGAACAGUGUUUUGUCUUUCCUUCACCGAUUCACAUACGACACACCAUUCCCAGAGAUCUGUCAACGUUCCAUGUUUCUUCCCCGAGAGAGUUCAGGAAGGACGCUUACGUAAUAUCCGCGAGUGAAACCGGGGGAAAGAGCUUCCUGUCGUUGAUCCUCUCCGGGUGCAGCUUCCAGCACCGGCCGGGUUUACACGAAACCAGUACAAUACUGACAGGAAACCGAACCGGAUGGACACGAACCACCCGCCGCUGGGCUGAGACGAGACGGGACGGCCGGAGAGAGAGAGCUUUGGCGUCGCUUUGCAGCUAUGGAAGUGUCGGAAAAAACUGCUGAAAACGAAGAGAACUCGGGGGAGGCGGUGCAGUGUCUCCAGGCCCAGCUGUCAGAGGUGCGGGCGCAGCUGGAGCACUGGCAGGGCGUGGCCACCAUCUGUGAGCUCAGCAAGGAGGAGGAGAUCAAGGACCUGCAGACCAACUGCGACCAGGAAAUACAGUCACUACAGGAGGCCCUGAGAGAAACAGCAUCUCAGUAUGAGGCCAGGAUUUCCAGCAUGCAAACAGAGCGUGCUCAGUGGAGAGGAGCCAGCAUCAGCAACGACAGCAAGGUGAACCUGAGGCGCAGUCCUGGUGAGGAGGGGGGCGAGGCGGAGGCUGAGGGCGGGGGUGGGGGGGGGGGGCGCGGGGGCGACCCCCCUGAGGGGUAUGAGGUGGACCACACGGGGCUCCUGAUGGAGGGGGGGUAUCUGGAGGGGGGGGGGUAUCUGGACGGCUCCUCGCUGGCCUCCUUCUCCCUGGACACCCCCUCCCUGCCCCGCCGCCCCCCCCCUCAGGAGGACACGGCGUCGCUGGUCUCCACGGGAACGCUCGUGCCGGAGGCCAUAUACCUGCCCCCGCCCGGACACAGGCUCAUCACACACACCGACUGGAACGCCCUGCACACACAGCUUACAGAGCUGCAGGGAGAGGUGACUCAGUUGCGUGAGCAGAGAACAGAGCUGGAGAGAGAGCUGGACACACAGACCACAGACACACAAAAACAGGUGUCAGUCCUUCAGUCUCAGGUGCAGAACUCAGAGGCCCUCCUCCAGGGGCUGCAGCAGUCUUUCAGCCAAUCACAGAGUGCCGUGCAGAGCCGGCUGGCAGAACUGUCUGUUUCCCAAAGGCGAGUGUGUAGUGAGCUGUCCAGACUGAAAGGGGAGGAGCCAGAAGAGGAAGGUGCUAGCGAGCUACACACACCCUUCAACUCCUCACAGCAGGGGGUGCACUCUGAGGAGAGGCUGCGCAUUGAGAUUGUCAACCUGAAGGAACAGCUGGAGACACGGACAGAGGAGAGCGAAGUUGUAGAGGUCCAGCUGUCCAGUUUGAAAACUGAGACGGAUCGUAUCCAAGCCAAGAAGGAGAAGUUGGAGUGUGAACUGCAGGCGUGUCGCACUGAGCUUCAGGGCCUGCGGGUGGCGCUAGCUCACCUACAGGGAGAGAAGAAGAGUCUGAGUAAUGACAAGGUGUCUCUCCAGCAGCAGUGCCUGGAGUUCCGUGGUCAGAUCAUCAGCCUCCACACACAGCUGGACACCAGCCAGACCGUACAGAAGGACUUCGUGCAGCUCUCACAGUCUCUGCAGGUGAAGUUGGAGCUGAUUCGUCAGGCUCAGACUCUGGACCAAGUGAAGCAGAUCCUAGGGGAGGAGCUUAGCUCAGAGGGAGCCCCGCCCAGUGCCGGCACCUGAUCCUGAUUGGCUGGCGGUGUUUGUGGUGACUGACCCUCUAACUGUGACUCUGAUGAGCCACGCUGCCCCCCGGUGGUGAAGGAAUGACUGUGCAGCUCCUGCAGCUCCGAGACCAAAGCCACUAAUGCCAUAUACCAUUCUCAUCCAGGAUCUCUAACAUCAGUGUGUGUCUGUGUGUCUGUGUGUCUGUGUGUGGUGUGUGUGUGUGUGUGUGUUUGAAGAGAAUUUUAUAAUGGUUGAUGAACUCAUCAGGGACUUUGUCUGUCUGUGUGUGUGUGUCUGUGUGUCUGUGAGUGUGUGUUGUGUGUGUCUCUGUGUG